CUCCGGGGUGGGGGGCGGCUCCCUCGUCGCCUCCUUGCAGAGCUGCCAGUUGCAGGGCCUUCCGCAAUUGCAAGCAGACCACCCCGCCCUGCCCUCCAGAAACGAUGGGUGUCGCUAGACCCAGCUGGGACUCUGCCAGGCUCCGGUGCUCAGUCUGAGAUAAGGGCCGGCCCAGGCCUGCUCUCCUCGCCUGUCAUGGCCGCACUCCGAUGCUGCCCGCCGGUCUGGGCACACAGGGCACCCAGCCCCAGCCCCAAGAGGUUAAGCCAGGCUUCCUGGCUCCAUUCCACAGGAGAACUGCAGGCCCCAGGCUCCUUUCAGAGCAAGAACGACUGAUGGCAUGGGAGAAGCCCCUGCCCACUGCCCACUCUCCUGGCACUGCCCUCUCUGAGACCCAUGCACAGGGCCCUCUGCAGCUGCCAACCCCGUGAGUCCCUCCCCGUCCCCUGACUCUGAGAAGGCCCUGCCCACCCCCACCAUGUGUGAGGUGAUGCCCACAAUCAACGAGGGGGACCCCUUGGGGCCCCCACACGGCGCCGAUGCGGACGCCAACUUUGAGCAGCUGAUGGUGAACAUGCUGGACGAGCGGGAGAAGUUGCUGGAGUCCCUUCGGGAGAGUCAGGAAAGCCUGGCAGCCACGCAGAGCCGGCUGCAGGGUGCUCUGCAUGAGCGGGACCAGCUCCAGCGCCACCUUAACUCCGCCCUCCCCCAGGAAUUUGCCACCCUAACCCGGGAGCUGAGCAUGUGUCGGGAACAGCUUCUAGAGCGGGAGGAAGAGAUAUCAGAGCUGAAAGCGGAACGGAACAACACAAGGCUGCUUCUGGAACAUCUGGAGUGCCUGGUGUCCCGCCACGAGCGGUCCCUGCGGAUGACCGUGGUGAAACGCCAGGCCCAGUCCCCUUCAGGGGUCUCCAGUGAGGUGGAGGUGCUGAAGGCCCUCAAGUCGCUGUUUGAGCACCACAAGGCCCUGGACGAGAAGGUCCGAGAGCGGCUCCGGGCGGCACUGGAGCGAGUUACCACCCUGGAGGAGCAGCUGGCAGGUGCGCACCAGCAGGUGUCUGCCCUGCAGCAGGGGGCAGGGGUUCGGGAUGGAGCGGCAGAAGAGGAGGGGACUAUGGAGCUGGGACCAAAAUGCCUGUGGAAGGAGGACCUGGGCCAGGUAGAGGAGCUACAGGAGCUUCUGGAGAAGCAAAACUUUGAGUUGAGCCAGGCCCGAGAGCGACUGGUCACCCUGACAGCAACGGUGGCAGAACUUGAAGAGGACCUGGGCACAGCCCGCCGGGACCUUAUUAAGUCAGAGGAGCUGAGCAGCAAGCACCAGCGGGACCUCCAUGAGGCUCUGGCCCAGAAGGAGGACAUGGAGGAGCGAAUCACCACACUGGAGAAACGCUACCUGGCUGCUCAGCGCGAGGCCACCUCCAUCCACGACCUCAAUGACAAACUGGAGAAUGAACUGGCCAACAAGGAGUCGCUGCACCGUCAGUGCGAGGAGAAGGCCCGGCACCUCCAGGAGCUGCUGGAGGUGGCAGAGCAGAAGCUGCAGCAGACGAUGCGCAAGGCAGAGACGCUGCCGGAGGUGGAGGCUGAGCUGGCCCAGAGAAUCGCAGCCCUCACCAAGGCUGAGGAACGGCACGGAAACAUCGAGGAGCAUCUUCAGCAUCUGGAAGGGCAGCUGGAGGAGAAGAACCAGGAGCUGGCAAGGGUGCGUCAGCGGGAGAAGAUGAACGAGGACCAUAACAAGCGGCUGUCAGAUACCGUGGACCGGCUGCUUAGCGAGUCAAAUGAGCGCCUGCAGCUGCAUCUCAAAGAGCGGAUGCUCACAGCUGAUCUCCCUCAGAACACGCUGAUCCAGGAGUUGGAGAACUCCCAGCGCCAGCUCGAGGAGCAGCAUCACCACAAGGGCCGCCUGUCUGAAGAGAUUGAGAAGCUACGCCAAGAGGUGGACCAGCUGAAGGGUCGAGGGGGGCCGUUUGUGGAUGGCAUCCACUCCAGGUCGCACGUGGGCAGCGCAGCAGACGCACGGUUCUCCUUGAGCUCCACUGCCCACGCCCCCCUGGGUCUGCACCACCGCUACUCGGCCCUGAAGGAAGAAUCGGCCAAGGACUGGGAGCCAUCUCCACUGCCUGGCAUGCUGGCCCCCAAGUCCACCGCUGCCUUCGACAGCGACCCUGAGAUCUCUGACGUGGAUGAGGACGAGCCCGGGGGUCUUGUUGGCUCUGUUGAUGUCGUCUCCCCCAGCGGCCACUCGGAUGCUCAGACUCUGGCCGUGAUGCUACAGGAACAGCUGGAUGCCAUCAACGAAGAGAUCAGGAUGAUCCAGGAAGAAAAGGAGUCCACGGAGCUCCGCGCAGAGGAGAUCGAGACGCGCGUGACCAGCGGCAGCAUGGAAGCCCUAAACCUGACGCAGCUGCGCAAGCGCAGUUCCAUCCCCACCUCGCUGACCGCCCUGUCCCUGGCCAGCGCGUCGCCUCCCCUCAGUGGCCGCUCCACAGCGAAGCUCACCUCCCGCAGCGCUGCCCAGGACCUGGACCGAAUGGGGGUCAUGACCUUGCCCAGUGACUUACGAAAGCAUAGGAGGAAGCUGCUGUCGCCAGUGUCUCGGGAAGAGAACCGAGAGGAUAAAGCCACCAUAAAAUGUGAGACUUCUCCUCCUUCCUCACCCAGGACGCUGCGGCUAGAGAAGCUUGGCCACCCAGCCCUGAGCCAGGAGGAAGGCAAGAGUGCCUUGGAAGAUCAAGGCAGCAACCCCAGCAGCAGCAACAGCAGCCAGGACUCCUUGCACAAGGGCGCCAAGCGCAAGGGCAUCAAGUCGUCCAUUGGUCGCCUGUUUGGGAAGAAGGAGAAGGGCAGGCUGAUUCAGCUGAGUCGGGAUGGAGCCACAGGCCACGUUCUGCUAACCGACUCCGAGCUCAAUCUGCAGGAGCCUGUGGUGCCUGCUAAGCUGGGGACCCAAGCAGAGAAGGACCGGCGGCUAAAGAAGAAACACCAGCUGCUGGAAGAUGCCCGCAGAAAAGGGGUGCCCUUUGCCCAGUGGGACGGCCCCACGGUGGUCUCAUGGCUGGAGCUCUGGGUGGGGAUGCCUGCCUGGUACGUGGCCGCCUGCCGGGCCAACGUCAAGAGUGGUGCCAUCAUGUCCGCCCUGUCGGACACAGAAAUCCAGCGGGAGAUCGGCAUCAGCAACGCCCUGCACAGGCUCAAACUGCGGCUGGCCAUCCAGGAGAUGGUGUCACUCACCAGUCCCUCUGCCCCACCCACCUCCAGGACGUCUUCCGGAAAUGUCUGGGUCACCCACGAGGAGAUGGAGACUCUGGCAACAUCCACCAAAACAGACAGUGAGGAGGGCAGCUGGGCUCAGACCCUGGCCUACGGAGACAUGAAUCACGAGUGGAUCGGGAAUGAGUGGCUGCCUAGCCUGGGGCUCCCCCAGUACCGAAGCUACUUCAUGGAGUGCCUGGUGGACGCGCGCAUGCUGGACCACCUCACCAAGAAGGACCUGCGCGCCCACCUGAAGAUGGUGGACAGCUUCCACCGAACCAGUCUUCAGUAUGGCAUCAUGUGUCUGAAGAGGCUGAAUUAUGACCGGAAGGAGUUGGAGAAGAGGAGGGAGGAGAGCCAGCACGAGAUCAAAGACGUGCUGGUCUGGACCAAUGACCAGGUGGUCCACUGGGUCCAGUCCAUUGGGCUUCGGGACUACGCGGGCAACCUGCACGAGAGCGGCGUCCACGGUGCCCUGCUGGCCCUGGAUGAGAACUUUGACCACAACACGCUGGCUUUGGUCCUCCAGAUCCCCACUCAGAACACUCAGGCCCGCCAGGUGAUGGAGAGAGAGUUCAAUAACCUGUUGGCUUUGGGCACAGACCGGAAGCUGGAUGACGGGGAGGACAAGGUGUUCCGGCGCGCGCCGUCCUGGAGGAAGCGCUUCCGGCCGCGGGACCACCCUCACUCCCACUAUCUCUACGGACACAUGCUCUCCGCCUUCCGGGACUAG